AGGUGCAGCAUCCAUUGGUGAUUUCUUGAAGUAGUCUGUACUGUGAUGGCUGCAAAAUGAUUUCUCCAGCUCCAGCGCUUCCUGCACAUAUUUACCAGUUGGAUUCCACUAAAAUGACUGCAGUAUUGGAAGACCAUUACUAUUGGAAGGCCGGUUAGCAUCCAUUUCCUAAGAGAAACUUGACCUCCGUUUGCUCUGGCAUGGCGCAAAGCAGUCCACAGCUUGAUAUGCAGGUUCUCCAUGACCUCCGACAACGUUUCCCUGAGAUUCCAGAGGGUGUGGUGUCUCAGUGCAUGUUACAGAAUAACAACAACCUGGAAGCCUGUUGCCGAGCCCUUUCCCAGGAGAGUAGCAAAUACUUAUAUAUGGAAUACCAUAGUCCAGAUGACAACAGGAUGAAUAGAAACCGCCUUUUGCAUAUUAACCUGGGUAUUCAUUCUCCUAGUAGCUACCACCCAGGAGAUGGCGUGCAGCUUAAUGGCGGUCGAACGCUGGUACAUAGCUCAAGUGAUGGACAUAUUGAUCCACAGCAUGCAGCAGGUAAACAGCUGAUAUGUUUAGUUCAGGAACCACACUCAGCUCCAGCUGUUGUCGCUGCUACUCCCAACUACAAUCCUUUUUUUAUGAAUGAACAGAACAGAAGUGCAGCUACUCCUCCUUCACAGCCACCUCAACAGCCAUCUUCCAUGCAAACAGGAUUGACUCCAUCUGCUAUGCAAGGGCCUUCACCACCGCCGCCGCCACCUCCUUCCUACAUGCACAUACCUCGGUAUAGUACCAAUCCAAUUACUGUUACAGUAUCCCAAAACCUCCCUUCUGGACAGACUGUACCAAGAGCUUUACAAAUUCUUCCACAAAUUCCGAGCAAUCUGUAUGGGUCUCCUGGUUCUAUUUAUAUUAGACAGACAUCUCAGAGUUCAUCAGGAAGACAGACUCCUCAGAAUACGCCGUGGCAGUCCUCACCACAGGGCCCAGUGCCUCAUUAUAGCCAGCGUCCUUUACCUGUGUAUCCACAUCAACAAAACUAUCCACCUUCUCAGUAUUCUCCCAAACAACAGCAGAUCCCUCAACCUGCUUACCAUUCACCACCUCCUUCUCAAUGUCCUUCACCCUUCAGCUCUCCUCAGCAUCAAGUACAACCGUCUCCGUUGGGCCACCCCAGUUCUCAUGUCUUUAUGCCACCUAGUCCUUCAACGACGCCACCCCAUCCAUAUCAACAAGGACCUCCUGGCUAUCAGAAACAGGGAAGCCAUUCGGUAGCCUAUCUCCCAUAUACAACAUCUAGCUUACCCAAAGGAUCCAUGAAGAAGAUAGAAAUUACAGUCGAACCCUCUCAGAGAUCUGGAACAGCCAUGAAUAGGAGUCCUUCCCCUAUCAGUAACCAGCCAUCUCCACGGAAUCAGCACUCAUUGUACACAGCCACCACGCCACCGUCAAGUUCUCCUUCCAGAGGGAUCUCCAGUCAACCGAAACCUCCGUUUACUGUCAAUCCUGUGUAUAUUACAUAUACACAGCCCACUGGACCUUCUUGUGCUCCAUCACCAUCUCCUCGGAUGAUACCAAACCCAACGACCGUUUUUAAAAUCACUGUAGGCCGAGCCACGACUGAAAAUCUGUUAAAUUUAGUGGACCAAGAAGAACGUUCUGCAGCCCCAGAACCUAUUCAGCCCAUUUCAGUGAUACCAGGCUCUGGGGGAGAAAAGGGAAGCCAUAAGUAUCAGAGAAGUUCCAGUUCUGGAUCUGAUGACUAUGCCUAUACACAAGCUUUGCUGUUACAUCAGCGAGCAAGGAUGGAGAGGUUAGCAAAGCAAUUGAAACUUGAGAAAGAGGAGCUAGAGCGCUUGAAGUCAGAAGUUAAUGGUAUGGAGCAUGACCUGAUGCAGAGGCGGCUCAGAAGGGUCAGCUGCACCACGGCGAUCCCAACGCCUGAGGAAAUGACAAGAUUGAGAAGCAUGAACAGACAACUCCAGAUAAAUGUUGACUGUACACUGAAAGAAGUUGACCUCCUUCAAUCUAGAGGAAACUUUGAUCCAAAAGCUAUGAAUAACUUUUAUGACAACAUAGAACCUGGUCCAGUUGUACCACCCAAGCCGCCUAAAAAAGACUCAUCAGACCCCUGCACAAUUGAGAGGAAAGCCCGAAGAAUUAGCGUGACCUCCAGAGUACAGGAGGACGUCCAUGAUACCCAGGCAGCAGCUGCAGAUGAGCACCCAGGUGGCUCCAAACAGAGUCCUCGGACACAACCCCGAGAUGAAGACUAUGAAGGGGCUCCAUGGAAUUGUGAUAGCUGCACCUUUCUGAACCACCCCGCACUAAAUCGCUGUGAGCAGUGUGAGAUGCCACGGUACACUUGAAUUCCCAAGAGUCUGCACUAGGUUGAGAGUGUAAC